AUGUGCCCACCUCUGGUGCGGGGCGGCCGGUUCCAGGGACCCCUCACCCGGGGCUGAGACGCGCCCACCUCUGGGGCGGGGCUGCCGGUUACCCGGGGACCCCUCGCCCGGUGCUGAGAUGCGGCCACCUCUGGGGCGGGGCGGCCGGUUCCAGGGACCCUGCGCUCUCCCCACAGGCCGCGUCGGACUCCUUCGAGGAGCGCAUCGUGGCCCUGUGCGAGAAGAUGAUGUCUCGCUCCUCCUGGCUCCACUCCGACACCCUGAUCCAUGACAUCAGCUUCCGGGGCAUGACCCUGUUGCACCUGGCAGCCGCCCAGGGCUAUGCCCGGCUCAUCGAGACGCUCAUCAAGUGGCGGAACCUCCGUGCCGAGAGCCUCGAUCUGGAGCAGGAAGUCGACCCCCUGAACGUCGACCACUUUUCCUGCACCCCCUUGAUGUGGGCCUGCGCCCUGGGCCACCUGGACGCGGCCCUGCUGCUGUACCGCUGGGACGGCCGAGCCCUCUCCAUCCCGGACUCGCUGGGCCGGCUGCCCCUGGCCGUGGCCCGCUCCCGGGGCCACGUGGCCCUCGCCGCCUGCCUGGAGGAGCUGCAAUGUCAGGAGCCGACCCCUGGGGGCGCCGGGGACAAGGGCUGGGGGCCGCCCUGCCCAGCCGAGGGUCUGCGCAUCCCCUCCCCGCUCUCCGCCAGCCCCGACACAGGGCUCAGCACGGUGAGCAGCGUCUCCUCGCCCUCGGAGCUGUCGGACGGCUCCGGCUCCGUCACCUCGGCCUACUCCAGCGCCUCAGCCCUGCGCGACUCGCCCGCUGGCAGCCCCGAACUCGAGGCCGCCAUGGACUUCGGCCCGCCCCCCGAGGGCUGGAACCUGCCAGCCCCCCCCAGCCCGCCCGGCAUGCGCUGCUCCCCCCCCUUCUUCAUGGACUAUGAGGGCCCCCCCGAACCGGAGCUGCUGGCUUACGGGGAGAACGCGGAGAACGAGGGGUACCUGCCGGCCCCUGACGUGCUCCAGGUGGACAUGAUCACGCUGGCGAAGCAGAUCAUCGAGGCGACGCCGGAGCACAUCAAGCAGGAGGGUUUCAGCUCCGCGGCCGAGGUGCCGCUGCGGGAGCGAAGCGGGAACAUGGGCCUAAGCGAGACCAUGUCCUGGCUGGCCGGCUACCUGGAGAACGUGGACCAGCUGCCUAGCGGCUCCCAGCACAGGCCGAUGUCCUCGUCCCGGGUGUGUCUCAGCCCCCUGCAGGCCCCGCUGGGUGAGCUGCCCUUCGACCGGCUGCCCCCGCCCCCCACGGCCGCCAGCUGGGCCGAGUUCCUCAACGCCUCGGCCAACGGGAAGAUGGAGAGCGAGUUCGCGCUGCUGACACUGUCCGACCAUGAGCAGCGGGAGCUCUACGAGGCCGCCCGCGUCAUCCAGACCGCCUUCCGCAAGUACAAGGGCCGCCGGCUGAAGGAGCAACAGGAGACGGCAGCGGCUGUGAUCCAGCGAUGUUACCGCAAGUAUAAGCAGGUAACUCCCA